AUGAAGAAUGAAGAUGAUCGCAUUCGAAUGAAUGGCAUUCAGCUGUCAGAGGAGGCUGAAACUCGGAAGAGCUUGAUAUUAAGGAACUUGCAGGAAGCCCUGGGGGUUGACAAGCUCGAAAAGCAACUGUCAACAGAUGGAAAAGUUGUGCAUCUCUACUGGGGUACGGCAACGACUGGAAAACCUCAUGUUGGAUAUUUCGUUCCAAUGAGAAAGAUCGCAGAUUUUCUACAGGCUGGCCUGAAGGCCUUCUGUUUUUAUGUGACCGUAUUGUUUGCUGAUCUUCACGCUUUCCUCGACAAUAUGAAGAGUACGUGGGAAUUACUCGAAAAUCGUGUCAUCUACUACGAGAACAUCAUCAAAGCGCUUCUAAUGGCACUGAAUGUUCCAAUUGAGCGACUUCAUUUCGUGAAAGGGACCACAUAUCAGCUAUCCAGGUCCAUUCUUCUUCUUGAUCGAAGCAAUAGUAUUUCUCACGAAGAUUUCCAUUUCUAUGCUGUAACCGUUUCUCUAGAACCAUUUUCCUUCAGAGAGUACACCUUCGAUGUUCUCCGUUUGUGCAGCCAGGUAUCACAACGGGAUGCGCUCAAGGCUGGAGCUGAAGUCGUCAAACAGGUGGACGGCCAGUUCGGCGGUGUUGAUCAACGCAAAAUCUUCAUCUUAGCAGAAGAGCAGUUACCAAAGUUGAAGCUUGGAAAACGAUGGCAUUUGAUGAAUCCAAUGGUGCCCGGUUUGACCGGAUCCAAGAUGAGCAGGCAUGAUUUUAAAGAACGUUAUUUAUUCCGUGGAAUCUCGGAGAUUGACUCUAAAAUUGAUUUACUGGACAGUCGUGAAGUUGUCGAACGGAAGAUUCUUGGUGCCUCUUGUUUACGACAAGAAGAAGACAACGGAGUUUUGGCCUUCUUCAACUAUGUUCUCAUCCCUAUUGUCAGCCCUAACCCUUUGGUUGUUGCUGACAAAGAGUUCUUCUCCUAUGAAGAAAUCAAAGAAUCGUUUCUGAGUGGUGCAUUAUCUGCUGAGGAUUUGAAGAAAACACUCAUUGAAUUUCUGAAUGAGUUACUUGCUAAGGUGCAAGAUCAUUGUAAAUCCGAUGUUGUGCGUGAUGCUCUUGAGAAAGGCUACAAAAAUGUGGACGAACAUGUGGCUGAGUCGACGCAACAUCCAGUUGUGCAGAUCACCGACCAACAGCUUAGUACUGUUCAGCAGAUUAUUGGCGGCGACAAGCUAAUCGGAGAUGAUGAUGGUACGUUGAGAUCGAGUAUAGCAGAGGGCAGAGCGAUACGACUAAUCGGAGAUGAUGAUGGUACGUUGAGAUCGAGUAUAGCAGAGGGCAGAGCGAUACGAGUAACGUUUACGAUUCAUCCCAAAGGACGUUUCCAUCUUGGUUUCCUCAUGGGGCUUUUAAAAAUGAAGUCAAUAGUCAGUAGAGGAAUCAGCAUAGAAGGAAUUGUUCUGAUUUCUGAUAUGGAAGCCUUUCUUGAUAAUGAGAAGGUGUCCUGGAAUGCUCGAGAGGCUCGAAGUGAAUAUUUCUACCAGAUUUGCUCUUUCUUUAUCGAGCACCUUGGUCUGAAGGACAGCGUCAGAGCUCUUAAAUCUGCUGACAUAGAUUCUGUUUUCUCAAAAGAUUACGUGCUGAACAUGUACAAAAUGGCCUCUUCCGUGACUCGCGAUGAGACUACAGUUUGUGAAGGAACGUCGUUGUCCGGCAAUUUGGUACCGCUAUUCUAUGCGCUCAACCAUCAUUUACUCAAAACUGACCUGGCCAUUUUGGGUGAAGAUUCAGUGGCGAUUGCUAAUCUUGCAGUGAAGCUGUGGUCCCGCAUGAAGACACAAGUUCCUACUCAAGUGGCGUUUUCAACUCUCCCUGGUUGUGACGGCAAGAAGAUGUCGUGCUCAAACCCUGACUUCCUCUUGGAAGCAUUUGAUACCCCAAAACAAGUAAAGGUCAAAGUGGCGCGGUCGUUUUGCGAGCCGCAAAACCUGAAAGGAAAUGUCGCCAUGAUGUUGUCCCAACAAUUUAUUUUCCCUCUACUCAGUGGAUCAAGUCUCGACAUAGUGAGGAGCGCGGAAAAUGGUGGCAAUAUAAGCGUGACAUCAUAUGAAGAACUGGAGAAGGAAUUCAUGCAUGGCUCAAACCCCGAUUUCCCUCUUCAUCCUGGAGAUCUGAAAAACGCUGUUGUAGGAUUCAUUAAUAGAUUCUUCGAUCCUGUUCGAGAACGAUUUGCCUCCAGUCAAGCUUCAUUGAUAGCCGCAGCUUUUCCCAGUAGCAAGAAGGGAAAGAAAUAA